AUGUCGAUCCAGCAGCUGCCCGAACAUGUCAUUGCGCAGAUCAAGUCCUCCACCACAAUAACGUCGCUGAACGAGGUGAUAUGUGGGUUGGUCAAGAACUCUCUCGACGCAGGCGCUACCAAAAUCACCGCUACCAUCGACUAUUCCCGCGGGAACUGCUGUGUUGAAGACAAUGGAAGCGGAAUCCUUCCCGUCGAAUUCGGUCAAGGUGGCAGCCUUGGCAAGCUUCACUACACAUCCAAGUUUCCAACGCGCCCUGAAGUCCAUGGCAGAUCUGGUACCUUUCUUGCGUCUCUGGCUGCUCUGUCUCUCUUGGCCGUAACCUCGCAUCACCAUGAAUAUCGUUCGCACAACUCCAUCAAGAUCCACAAUUCAGAGGUUUUGGCACGUCAUACCCCAACUCCACCAGAGCAGCAGUUUCUCGGCUUUAGCCAUGGAACCCGAGUGACAGUUCGUGACCUGUUCGGGUCUAUGCCCGUGAGGGUCAAACGACGCGCUGCUCGGGAUGACAAAGUGACAACUAGUAGAGAUUGGGACCGUAUGAAGCGUGCUGUUGCAGCUUUAUUACUCGCUUGGCCGUCACAAUGCAGUAUUUCCAUUCGUGAUUCCGUAAAUCAGCAGACUGUCGUGAUACGGGGUGAUGAACUCCACAAGGGCUGUUCAGAUAAGAAGCGACGCCCAGAACUUCUCUCUCGCGUCUGCAAGAUUCUCUGUCAAGCCGGGUUGUCGGAAGAAAGCUACCUGGAUUCAUGGGUUCACCUCAAGGCAUCAACUGAUCAGCUCUUCAUGAGCGGCGCUGUGUCUCUCACACCCGUUGCCACAAAGCGGAUACAGUUCAUUAGUGUUGGUAUUCAGCCAGUGCCUAAUGAACAUGGCUCAAAUGUCCUAUAUGAAGAAAUCAACCGCUUAUUUGCGAAUUCCAGCUUCGGGAUGGAAGAGGAAGCCAACGAUGUCGACGAGGCUGAGAAAAGCCGACGAAAGGAAGACCGCCGGUACAAAACAGAUGGGUAUACUGCUAAAGAGCUCCGAGGCAAGAAGGAUGUCGAGAGAUGGCCCAUGUUCUACAUCAGGAUUUGCUUUGCUGCGUCAGGCAAGCAAUCCAAGAUCCAUGAUGUUGAUGAAGUCCUGGACGAACAACGACAAAACUUAAGAGUAAUCAUCGACGUGCUAAACGCCAUGGUUUUCGAGUUUCUCAAGAAACAUCAUUUUCGUCCAAAGCAAUUCACAGGAAAAGGGGACGGGACAGCAGCCCGCUCAGACUCCCGAGGUACUAGCUCUGGAACAACAUCAAGUAGUGACACUCGGCUGGUAAUGUCUCGACCAUCUUCAGCACUGGCUCCACGGUCAAGUAGAAGGCUCGUCUCCGACACUAAAUCCGCCGUUCGAGACCUGGCGACGACGAGGCUCCGCCUGCCUCCGGCCAAUGAAUCACGACCAAGAUCAGAAUCGCCCUUCGACAUGUGGUCUAGAAUAAAACACGGGCGAGGGAGCUUCAAAUUCUCCAAGGAAACAGAAAUAACGCUACCGGAAACGGUGUCAUCGGAUGGAAGUCACAAUUCGAGCGAGACAAGAGGGCGGGCGUCGCCAUCACCGCUUAUUGAUCCGUCUGGCAACCUUUUACGUCCACCCUUUAUGGAAGUUGAGACUCUUUCUACUCCAGUGUGUGAUAAACAGGCUCAAGGUACUCUACACCAACCAGAAGAGAAUACGCAGCCUAGGAAUAGUGGCGAAAUCAUAUGGUUAAAUCCCGUGACAAAGCAAAGGUCCAUAGUCGAUUCUCGUACCGGAUUUAUCAUCGCACCAACAGAUGCAACGAUGGGCAUGUCACGGCCUAGAAACCAAACAUCUCGUCUAUCAUCGGGAAAAAGGCGUCGACUUCAGGAGCCAACACUAAAAGAAGAGACCGGGGUCUGGCUGAAGGAUAUCUUCUCGUCCUGGGAGAACCCGGUGUUCCAGCCGGCGGAGCCACCAAUUCCUGUGGCAAUAGAUGAAACCAAAAUACUUAACUCUAGUGGAAGUGGAACAGCCAAUGCGUGUCACGGAUGCCAUUUCUCAUCAUACGGGGACGUUUCGGGCGUUCGGGGCAAAGUCUCAAAGAAAUCCUUGCGAGAUGCCGAAAUCAUCGCUCAAGUGGACCGCAAAUUCAUACUCGCGAGGAUUUCAUCCGUCGGGGAAAUGGCAACGUCUUCCAAACGGCAUGAUAUACGGUCAUCUCUACUGAUCAUCAUCGAUCAACAUGCGGCCGACGAACGGGGUAAAGUCGAGGCAUUGAUGAGAGACUAUUUGGAGCCCCUUCGAUCAGAAUCCUCAUCAGAUGUCAGAGCCCGAACUGAGCUCCUGGACAAACCAUUGCGAUACGAUAUCUCAAGCCCGGAGCAUUCCCUUUUCGAGCGAUACUUGUCGCAUUUCGAACACUGGGGCAUCGUGUACCAGCUGUCACCCAUCCAGACCGCAGCCCCUCGGCCGAACGAAAAGCGCUUGUCGCACCUCAAAGUCCUUCGUCUUCCCCCCAGUAUUGCAGAAAGGUGCCGCGCUGAACCUAGUCUCCUCAUUGAAUUGCUGAGGAAAGAAGUCUGGAAGCUCGAUGAGGAAGGCUGGGGCCCGGCCGGUACAGCUCUGCUACACACUGAGCACACAGACCCCGUCAGUGAGCCGGAGCUACACUGGUUGGCGAGAUUCCACGGCUGCCCAGAAGGAAUUCUGGAUAUGAUUAACUCGAGAGCCUGUCGCAGUGCCAUCAUGUUCAACGACGUCCUGUCUGUUGACGAGUGCAAGAGUCUUCUAAAACGGCUCGCCGACUGUGUGUUUCCUUUCCAAUGUGCUCAUGGAAGGCCAUCAAUGGUUCCUUUGAUAGAUCUGGGCGAUGAUCCGAUUCAGGAGUAUGAAAAGAACGAGGGGAUAGGGUAUGGUGCCGCUUUCAGGAGGUGGAAACAGGAGGUGGAAAGUGUCCAUGGCGGAUAG